AUGCCAACUGAAAGAACUCAUCUCCUUCCCAAGACACGCUCAUCAUUUCUUUCACACAAUGUAACACGCACACUCCCUUUCGCAUUAUUAGUCUUGGUUAUCUAUUCUGUCGCUUUUUAUUUGCUGUGGACAUACGACCCAUACGCUAAAAGACCGCUUCCACCGCUGACUGGGCGUUUUAUACACAUCACCGACAUCCAUCCCGAUCCUUACUAUAUUACAAACGGAACAGCCAAGAGUUCGUGUCAUAAUGCAGGCGAAGAAAACAUCGAUGACGGGUUCAGAACGACCAAAAAACCCAAAUACAUGCGUAUGGGUCGGGGUGGUGUAUGGGGUGCCCCAGCAACAGUAUGCGAUAGUUCUAUGAAGAUGGUAAAUUAUACUUUCGAAUGGCUAAAGGAAAAUUGGAGAGAUAAAGUGGACUUUGUCAUCUGGACGGGAGAUAAUUCUCGCCACGACAAAGAUAUUCCAAGAUCCAAAGAAGAAGUAUUUAAUCUAAAUCGUAUGGUAGCACAAAAAUUUAUCGAUGCAUUUUCCGACCCAGAAACCGGCCAACUUUCCGUUCCCGUAAUUCCAUCCAUCGGAAACAACGACAUGCAUCCAUCCAAUAGGAUAGGCCCUGGACCCAAUGAAAUUCUCGACACUUUGGCAGAUAUCUGGUCUCCCUUCAUCCCACCCACGCAACAACACGUUUUCCGACGUGGUGGGUACUUUGUCAAAGAAGUGAUACCCGAUCGCUUAAUUGUAAUUUCCUUGAACACCUUGGCCUUUUACAAAGCAAACAAGGCUUCUGACGGAUGUUCCAAUACGAACGAUGCAGGCAGUAGACAGUUGAGAUGGAUGGAAGAGAUUCUGAGGAGGGCGAGAACAAGGGAUAUGAAAGCCUACAUCAUCGGUCACGUCGCUCCCAGACGGAAGCAAUACAUGUCAUCAUGCUUUAAAAAGUAUGGGAGGAUUGCGCUCAAAUUCCAUGACAUGAUACUGGGACAUCAUUUCGGUCAUUCAAAUCUAGAUCAUUUCUUCUUUAUUUCUGCAAAGGCUGUGGUUGACAGUCCAUCAGAUGAUACAACGGAACUUGGUGUUGCUGACGAGGACGAUAAAGUUGACAGCGUCGAGAACAAUAAUUCCGAUAGUCACAUUAAUGGCACAAGCAACCCUCUUAACGCCACUCGAGACGAUAAGCGCGUUUACGCUUACGCGUACGAAGAAUAUGCCGAAAAACUUCUCGAACAUUAUCGCUCGGUCCCCCCCUUGCAAAUGCUAAACCCCGAAGAAUAUACAGUCAUCCACAUCAAUCCGUCGAUAAUUCCAACAUUCUUUCCAUCACUACGCGUAUUCCAUUACAAUAAAACGGAAAACUGGAUGAAUGCAGCAGAGAUCUCACGUGACACUGCAGACGAGUUUUAUACCGAGUUGGAUGAAGACGACAUCUCGGACGAUAAAGAUGACGAUAUGCAUUCAACCAGAGGCAAGCGAUCAAAACACCGGCACGAUCCGAAAUCACCUUCUCACACAAAUACGUUUCUCACCGCUCUCGGAUAUACUCAAUAUUUUGUUAAUCUUACUAAAGCAAAUGAAUAUCCCAAUACUAAGCCUUCCUGGGAUGUGGAAUAUACCACGCAGGAAACAUACGGAAUGAGAGAUCUGACGAUCGAUAGUUGGAUCAAGCUCGCUAGGAAAAUAGCAAAAGACGGGAUGUCGGGAUUCCUAUGGAAGAAAGUGCAGGGUCAUAUGUUGGUGGGAACAACUGAAAUCAUAAAAGAAAGAGAAAGAAUGGGGCUUCAAAGAUUGAAUGGAGGAAAAGGGGAUAAAGGGCCAAUGGAUUAUAUUAUGAGUGAGCUAGAGUUUUGA